AUGCUGAGAACUGGAGGUCCAGAUAUUCGGGAAUUUGUCUUGGGCUUGAGUACACCUAAAGCAAAUUCUUGCCUGACUAAUAGUUUAUCACUUAGUUCUCGACAGCAUGCGUAUCGGACAGGUACGUUAGGAACGGGGAGAAUUCGAGAACCAGUAUUCAAUUUGGACACAUACAAUGGUUUUGUUGAUCGGUUGAGUUUUGAUCGCCCACCUCUUUAUCGGAAUGAUUCUGUUCUGAUGAGAUCACUUAGCAGGCUCCAAUCAAGAAAACAGGGUGUAUUAGUCAAUAAUGCAAUUAACUUGUCUGAAGCUUCUUUUCCUCCUGAAGGAAAUGAUACUUUAGACACUUGCCAGAAAAGCAUAUCAAAAACUAUAAAUCCAGCCAUACUAUCCACAUCCAUUUUGCCUGAGAAAUACAGAUUCAUAUUCAGUUUCAGCAAGUUUAACAAAAUGCAGUCGGAAUCAUUUGAAAGUAUCUAUAAUUCAGAUCAAAACUGUGUAAUAAAUGCCCCAACUGGUUCAGGGAAGACUGUUUUGUUUGAAUUGGCGAUUAUCAGAUUAUUUAGUAUAUCCAAUAUGAAUAGUAAGGCCUUUUAUUUGGCGCCCAGCAAAGCAUUAUGUGCCCAAAAAUAUAACGAUUGGGUAGGCAAGUUUUUAACUUUGGGCAUUACCGUUGGUGUUUUGACAAAUGAAACAUCUAUAGAAGAAACAGAGAAUGUUAAAGGAUCCAAUAUAAUCAUCUCAACCCCUGAAAAAUUAGAUCUAUUAACAAGAAGAUUAUCGAACUACGAUACAUUUUUCAAAGACGUAAAAUUAAUUAUUAUAGAUGAAAUACAUACUUUGAAAGAUUCCAGGGGGUCUACAUUGGAAGUCGUAACUACAAGAAUUAACAAAAUGUGCAGUGAUAUUAGAAUUGUUGGCGCGUCAGCAUCGGCUCCUAACUUACAUGAUAUGUCCAUUUGGUUGAGGAAGAAAGAUGAUUUAAAUCCUGCAGUAACUUUAAGUUUUGAUGAUACAUAUAGAUCUGUUCGACUAGAUAAGAUAGUUUUGGGUUAUGCUUCCCAAAGAGGUAAAGACUUUCAUUUUGAUCAAUUCCUUCAUUCAAAAUUAGUCGGGGUCAUAAAACAUUAUGGGAAUAACAAGCCAACAGUAAUAUUUUGCCCUACCAGAAAUAGCUGCUUAAAAACAGCGAAGUAUUUGAAUGAUAAUUUUGAUCACUUAUUUUGCACUCAAAGUCCACCGAUGCAUUUUGAUGAAAACGAGUUGCUGAUCUAUGCAGCUCAUGGAAUUGCAUUUCAUCAUGCCGGGUUGUCUCCUAAUGAUCGAAAGAGAGUUGAAUUGCUAUUUAUUGAGGGAAAAUUGAAUAUUUUGUGCUCCACAUCUACUUUAUCUCUGGGUGUUAAUUUACCGACCUUUUUAGUAAUUAUAAAAGGAACCAAAAGAUGGUACAAUGGUUCUUUUCACGAAUACAAAGAAACAGAAGUUUUGCAAAUGAUUGGACGGGCUGGUAGACCAAAAUUUGAGACCAAGGGAAAGGCUGUUAUAAUGACCACUGCAGACCAAAAGGUUAAAUAUCAGAGACUCUUGAAGGGCAUACUUAAAGAUGACUCGGAAAGAAUAGAAAGUUGUUUACAUUUAAAUUUAGCUGAGCACUUGGUAGCCGAGAUAUCACUUGGUACAAUAGAAAGUAUAGAUGACACGUUAAAGUGGCUAAAAUCAACUUUCUUUUUUAUUCGUUUCACAUCCAACCCGACAUACUAUAAAGAAAUAACAUCCUCUCAUUCACUAGGGCCCAGUAAGAAGUUGCAUCAGUUUUGCCAAAAAUACCUAGAUAGCUUAAUAAAUGAGAGGAUUGUUUCUUUCGUGCCUACUGGUGGUUUCCGGUGCACUGAAUAUGGGGAUGUGAUGACAAAGUACUAUAUACUAUAUCCUACUAUGAGAAAUAUUAUUCGAAGUAAUGUUGGAAAUACAUUGUUAGAUAUAUUGACUAUUUUCUCCCGGUCCUUUGAGUUUUCGGAAUUCAGUAUAAAAUACAACGAAAAGAAGUUAUACAAAGCAAUUAAUCUGUCUCCGUAUAUAAAGUUUCCUUUAGAUUCUUCAGAAUUUCAAGAUAGUGACAAAGUGAUAUUACUAUUGCAGUAUGAACUAUGUGGAUUGGAAUUCCCAGAGUUCCCUGAAUCGAUGAAACUAUAUUAUUCCUUUGAAGGAGAAAAGUGCUACGUUCUAAAACAAGCAAGUAGAAUAAUACAUUGUAUGGCAGAUGUUUUUAGAUGCAAGAAAGAUUACGUAUCACUCUUAAAUACCUUAAAGUUUUUGAGGUGUGUAACGGGUAGAUGCUGGGAAAACUCAGUUACUGAGCUUAGACAAUUAAAUGGAAUUGAUUUAGAGUGCAUCAGUGCACUACGGAAGAAUAAUGUAAACAGCAUUAAAGAAGCAAAAUGCUUAAGUCAAAUGCAGCUAGAGUCUUUUCUAUGUGGAGAAUCUGGUGCUGGAAAAGCUAUUACUCGGGGUCUUCAGUAUCGUCCAGAGUUUAAGAUUAAUGCAACAUUAGCUUCUCACAGGAUACGUACUGAUUUAGAAACAAUUGAAGCUAAUUUGAUUAUAUCCUUUAGCGUAGAUAAUAUUGUGGAAGGUGUUUGGAAAAUAAAGGAAAAGUUCAUUAGUAUUGUCGUUGGGAUAUCUACUGGUGAACUUGUGGAUUUCAGAAGAUUCGCAACAUCUGAAUUAGCUGGGGGUAAAGUAAAAACGUUCCGAUUAACAGCUAGUGUGACAGAUCGCCAACAAAAGAUACAUUGCCAUAUCCUUCCAGAAAAUAUGGUUAAUAUUGAUGUACAAUAUAUUCUUUGCCUUGACAUUAUAGAACCAUGGGAGUUUGAUAAUCUCAUGAAUCAAAAGUCGAAAAAUGAGUCUGAGUAUAAUUCGAGCACUUCUAAAGAGUUUGAUAAUGUUUUAACCCAGUACGUAAGAUCCGAUUCGGAAUCAGAUUUAGAAAGUGAUGAUUUGAUCUUUGAUCCUGUCCAAAGUAUUCGUUCUGUUACAGAAAUAUCGAAAGAAAAGUGUACUUCAAAAGAGAUUCAAUCAAAUAAUAUCCGUAAAAUAAGAUCAGACGGAAAUUACGAGUGUAAUCAUCUUUGCAAAGAUAAAACCAAGUGUCGACAUUUUUGUUGUAGAGAUGGUAUUCCUAAUUUGAAGAGGCAAAGAACCACUAAAAAUCAUGGCGAACUAAAAACUAACGAUUAUGAUUCACAAUCAGUAGUAUCAUUUUCAUCUGUUGACGGGCCCCAAACAUCACAUCUGAUAGGACAUGAAAAGGAACAAGGAGUCCAACCUAAUUUGCAUCUGCCAAAUUUCAAGAGAAAAAAGAUAAAGCUUGGUCAGAGAGUAGGCAUAUUCAACAUAAAUAAUAGUGGGUUGUUUGAUAAUUAUUAG